AUGAGAACAUUCGUUACCCAGAUUUUCUAUGAAGCUUCGUCAUUUGUUCCAAUUCGUGUCAACGUUACUGAUUUCAAAAAUCGUCAUUAUUUGAGCGGCUACCAGAAUGUCAAAAACAAGUUUCUGAAGGACCGAGAUUGGGUUACUGGCGUGUUGGAUGCUGCCUCAAGCUGCUCAAUGGAAGUGGAAUGUGGUGUUUGUACGGCUUGUAUGCCUGGAGGCAUGAUGAACAAAGAGGCAUUUCGCCAAAUUGAACUAGAUAUGAUCAAUACUUUCAAGUCUUACGUUGAAGAAACAGGACCACCUGAUAUUGUUAUGAUGCUCUUACAUGGAGCAAAUGUGGUUGAGGGACUCGUUGAUCCCGAGGGUGCGUUGGUGGAAAAGUUCAAGCGGAUCUCACCUUCUUCGGUGAUAGGAGUAACUCUUGACUUUCACGGCAAUAUCAGUGAAAACCUAACCUCAUAUGCGGAUGUUGCGAUUAUUGGUAAGAAAUACCCACACAUAGACACCUAUGAGAGAGGUGCUCUUUGUGUUGAACUAGCUAAAGACUUGGUAAUUAAACCCAAGAGUCUCACCACAUAUAGGUUUCCCAUUCCUUUGCUUUCAGCGUUGCCAAACCAAGCUACCGUUGCUGGUAUGCCCUUCGAGAUCAUAAUGAAAAAGUGCAAUGAAUUGGAGAACAAGCUUGGAGUCCGAGACUUGGCAAUUGGUGGAGGUUUUGCAUUUGGUGAUUGUUUCGACGUUGGCAUGUGUUUGUUAGCGACUAAUGAAACCUAUGAGCCAUGCACAAAGGCUUUAAAAGCUAUAAGCGACUUGGUGUGGCAAUUGAAGCUGGAGAUAUUUGCACCAAUUCCCAAACUAGACUCCGUAUGGGAUUUGAUACAAUCCAAAGCGAGUUUGGGGAGAGUGGUGGUGGCAGAUGUCUCAGACUCUCCUGGCUCAGGUGGCACAGCAGAUGAAACACACUUAUUAUCAAAACUACUAAGUUUACCUACACCAUUUGUGAGUGCCUUUCAUGUUGAUAGAGCGGUGGUUAAACAGGCAAUUGAAAAAGGUAUUGGUAACGAAGGUACCUUCGAAUUGGGAACUUCGUUGUCACACGCGAGCAGCAAGGUUCUUCAAGUCAAGGCUAAAGUUUCAAAGAUUUUGGACUACAAGUAUACAAACAUUGGUGACAUGAUGCAUGGAGCUACACUCUACGCUGGGAUGACUUGUGUAUUGGAAGCUGCUAAUGGUUUGAUUAUAGUUACGACGGAGCGGAUUCAGGCUUAUGACAUCAAUGCUUUCAUGGGAAUAGGCAUUGAUAUUUCCCAGACACAACCCUUGAUAAUCGCUAUCAAAUCGACGGCGCAUUUUAGAUCUUCUUACACCCAGAUAGCUGAUCAAGGAAUUCAUUUAGUUGAUUGUGGAGGAUGGUCUUGCCCAAACUUUGGGAACUUUGACUAUAAAUUUCGGAGAAAACCGCUAUUGCCGUUGGAACCAAUGGAAAAGGACCAAUGGGACUCGACAAUAUUUGGUGGGUAG